AUUGCAAGUGACAAUAUGUCACGGAAAUGCAGUCGUGUGAUAACAAUCUCCUUAAACGUAGAAACACCCGGUCAUGUUGGUCUGAUUGACAAAAAGACGGCUCCAUUGAGACAAAACUUUCUGCUGUGACUUUAAAUCGUAAGGAGUAAACUCCUCCCUCUUGAGUUGCUUUACUGUCAACUAAAAAAAAAAAAAAAAACCCUCCCAUGCAUCGGAAUGGUAAAAAGAGAUUGCGCCUGGAGGAUCCUGGUACGAUGCGGAGCGGUUGAAGUUGAUGAAGAGCUAAUUACUCAUUUGCGUCCGUGUCUCGUAAAUCAAAGAGCGUCCUUUAGGUCUCACCGGAUCAGACUGAUGGAAACGGAGACGAGGAAAAGGGGGAAAUCUCUUCGCUCGAGCAGAAGCGCCAUGCACUGGUGGGGCAACAUUUAACACUCCUCUUUCUUUCUUUCUUUCUUUCUUCUCCCUCUUCUCCUCGGGUGAAAUGUAGUUUGCCGUCGCUCGAUGGACUAUGAUACUGACUCCGACAUGUCUAACGUGACGCCGAGUAAAAGCGUGGAAUGGCUGCAACUCGAGCUGGAGUCCGGGGGCGCUUCUCUGCUCCUGCUGGACUGCCGCUCACAUGAGCUCUACGAGUCAUCCCACAUAGAGAGCGCCAUAAACCUGGCCAUACCGGGGCUUCUGCUGCGGAGGUUCAAGAAGGGCAACCUGCCCAUCCGGACCAUCAUCCCCAACCACGAGGACAAGGACAAGUUCAUGAGUCGCUGCAAGACGGACACGGUGGUCCUGUACGACGAGAGCUCCGUGGACUGGCAGGACGGCGGCGGAGGAGGUCCCGUGUCCGUUCUGGGUGCACUUCUCCAGAAGCUGUGGGAAGACGGCUGUAACGCGUACUACCUGGAAGGUGGGUUUGUAAAGUUCCACACAGAGUGCCCAGAGCGCUGUGAGACCCUCCUGGACAGCUCCUGCCCCAGCUCCUCUCCCCCGAUGUCCGUUCUGGGCAUCGGGAACCUCAGGAUCAGCUCCGAUUGUUCCGACGGGGAGUCCGAUCGAGAGCCCAUCAGCGCCACGGAGUCCGAGGAGAGCCCCAUCCCCAGCAAUCAGCCCGCCUUCCCCGUCGAAAUCCUACCCUACCUUUACCUUGGCUGCGCCAAAGACUCCUCUAACCUUGACGUGCUGGGCCGCUACAACAUCAAGUACAUCCUGAACAUCACGCCCAAUCUUCCCAACAAGUUCGAGCACGACGACCACUUCAGGUACAAGCAGAUCCCCAUUUCGGACCACUGGAGUGAGAACCUGUCCCAGUUCUUUCCAGAAGCGAUAUCAUUUAUAGACGAGGCUCGGUCAAAGCAGUGCGGUAUCCUGGUCCACUGCCUGGCCGGCAUCAGCCGCUCAGUCACCGUCACCGUGGCCUACCUGAUGCAGAGACUCAACCUUUCCCUGAACGACGCCUACGACUUUGUCAAGAGGAAGAAGUCUAACAUUUCACCGAACUUCAACUUCAUGGGUCAGCUCUUGGACUUUGAGAGGACGCUGGGGCUGCACAGUCCCUGUGACAACCGCUCGACCAGCGAGGAGCAGCUCUUCUUCACCACACCUACGAAUCACAACGUCUUCCAGCUGGACCGGCUCGAGUCCACAUGAGGCUCGAUGACGUUCGGAAGCCUCUCAGAUGUUAGCUGACGUAGACCGCGGGUCAGUUACAGUAUUUGUGCACCAAAAGGGACUGCGUCGACCUGUUAGAGGAACAGCAAAAGAAAAAAAAAACAAAAAAAACUGUUAGAUCCGCUCGAUGCCUUAAUGUCUAACACGAGGAGGAAUUCUGCGAUCCACCACACAUGGCAUUAAUCGACAGUCAUGUACAGCCAUAACAGCAGGACGUUUCAUAACUUUCCUAAUAAAGUUAAGAUUGUUAUAUGACUGUUAUUUGCUAUUCACCAGCUGUAAAAUGGAUGUUUGUGAGGUGUCUUCGGCCAAUCUGAAUGUUUUUCCCGGGGGGGAUCAGUGUGGGAUGUUUUGCUGGUGUUCUAUAGCCGAGGGCAACAAGCUACUGCGGUGAUCCGACCUUGAAUUAUUGUCCAGCUUGCAGCCGUCGCAGGAAGCUUUCACUCUGAAUACCUUCGCUAAUAUCCGGUAUACGUUAAUUGCAUUUUACAAGCUUGAAUGGCGAUUGCUGCGUUUGUUUAAGCUGUGAUGUUUUUAAAAUAUCACAGUUUAAAUAUGUCAUUCCUAAGAAGCACUCCUGUACAUUCUUUUGCUUAUAACUGCAUUAUUUGCAUGUUCUACUGUACCAGGGACCUUGCUUUGUAACCAUCGGGUCAUAUUACCAGUUAUUGCCAAGGCCUCGAUCGUACCUUAACAUGAUGUUGAGCUAUAUGUCAAUUACUUUGUCGAGGUAUAUUGUAUAGGACUGGCGUUUCUUUUCUCUUUUUUUCUUUUUUUUUCAUCAAGGUUGAAAGGAACAAAUAUGUAAGUAAUGAGUGCAUAAACAAAUGGAUGUCCAACUUCUUUUUUUUUACUCUGACAUUCUUCAGCCUGCAGCUACUCUUCCUGUGGCACAGCAUUGUUAACGGAAGACACGAUGUGUAAUUAGUUGUUCUCUGUUGCCAGUCUCAGAACAAAUGAGCGAGUUGGAUGAAUAAGAGGAAAUGACUUUGACUAAUGUGUUCUUACCUCACAGAGAGAGACGUUUUCAGGGAUUUUUAUACAAAGGCAUCUCAUCAUGGCCUCUUAAAGUGCACCCAAGGGCUGUUUUUGUCUGUUUGUAAAGAUGUACAUAAAUGGAGGGGGGGCGGGGGGGGACCUUUUCUGAAAAUCAUGAAGGAUAUGAAAGUAACCCUGUUCGGGCGCUUAUGUAUAGUACAUGUAAAGCUAAAUGUCCAAGACAUUGUGUACAAGUUUAUACAACAAAUAUAUUGUAUAUUUUUACUUGAA